CGCACUUCCUACUUCAGGAUAUCUCGCGAGAUCUCGUUUUCCGAAUAAUGGCGCCCGAUUUGAAGCAGUGUUGUUGAUUUCGCUGCAAAAAUGAAUAAGAGGGAAGAACUGCUGUCUGUCGUUGACAAUGAGGACCUGCAGAAGUUUGUCAAGUUUGUCCAGACUUUAAAGUCUGAGGCAGUUGACUUGGUGGAAAUCUUAAGUGGCUGUAGCAAGAAACAGCUGGACAGACUGUGGGAGGGCGUACAGCAGACAUGUGCUGUUACCAUGCUGAGUAUCGAGGCGGGGGACGACGACAAUGGCGACCAUCUGGAGGAGGAGAUGAUGAAGAUUCUAGAGGUACUCCAGUGUGUUGUCGACUUGGCAUCGGCCGCUAUACAGCAGGAGGAACCCCAUGUUUCACCGUGUUUAAAAUCUUCAGCAGUCUUGUUACUGGGUUUACUGCUGCCUAUGCCGGAGACUGCCGACAGACUGAAGAAUGACAUCUGUGUGCUGUGUGAGAAAUGGUGGCAAAAAAAUCUGCCAGGCAAGGAGGAUUUAAUCACCAAUGCCCUUAUUUACCUCCUACAGCGGAGCCUUAGUCUUCAGACUAAAAAAGAGAUUAAACGGCUGUGGUCUUUACAUACUGCCUUGUCACUCUUCAACAUGUCUGACGCCAGCAGUGACAUGCUCCGCGACCUCCUCUGUCAGUGUGUCAUCAACACUCCCUUUCUGAAGUUUGACGAGGGAUGUCGUUUCCUCGGCUGUGUUAUGAGUCUGGACCCAAACCUGACAGACUGUCUCCACAAGAUCAUCAAGACACACAUGCCAAUCUCUAACAGAAAUGUGAUGGAAAGAUAUGGAGAAAUAUACUUCAGAGCCUGGCAAACAGCCACCGGACCUGUACUGGAGAAAUUGGAAUCAGCCAUACAAAAUGUUAUGGACCAUGCUGUUCAUGCGAAGAAGUCUUUAGCUCCUGGUCUGCGAUGUCUCCUCGGCUACUUCCACAAGCAAAGGAAACACAGUGGUGUGGACAGCAUGUUGCUGAGGCUCUACGGUCCCCUGCUGUGGCGGUCACUCAAGGUGGCUAACUGUCAUGUGAGGGAAAAUGCAGCCAUGCUUCUUCUAGACUCGUUCCCACUACAAGACCAGGAACUUUGUAACGAAGAACUUGACCAGCUCUUACAGAAACAGUUUGACAUCUUCCAGAAUUUACUGGAGGAUACCUACCCCAGUAUUCGCUCGGUCACUGUCCGCAAGCUGUGUAAGAUCCUGAGUACCUUCUGCGAGUUUAUCCCGGCGGAAACCAUCAAAAAUCUCGUCACCAAGAUGAUGCAGGAUCUUGUGUGGGAUGCGUCGUCUGCUGACGUCAGAGCUAGUGUUAUAUUGAGUAUGAUGACACUACUGGACAACCAGAUGUUUAUUCCCAUGCUGAAACCGAUCCUGCCCCAGCUUUGUAACCACAUACAUGACGUGUCGGAGAAGGUCCGGGUCGCCAUGAUAGAACUCCUCCUCAAGGUCAAGGGCAUCAGAGCCAUCAAGUACUGGGAUAUUGUCCCAAUGGAGCACAUACUGGCCCGUCUGGAGAUCGACUCUCAUCCGGUCGCCCGCCGCAUCAUGAAGCUGCUACAGAGCACAUUCAUGCCCCUGGACAAACCUAAGAGUGUCCAGCUUGACCGCUGUGUUGCCCUGAUAGAGUCCAGCCGAGGAGCGGCCAGACAGUACUUCCACUACGCUCCAGCCAACCUGUCAGUGCAGGACACAGCCACGUAUAUGAUAUCCAUCGUCGCCUGUAUCCUGAGAUGUAUAAAAGCAGAGAAAUCAAAGCAGGAUGGAGUUGAUACUUCACAACAGGAAGGGGGAGAUAACUCCAAGAGCCAGGAUGCAGCAGCGGAAGAGCUUGACGAAGAGGAGGAGGAGGAGGAGGAGGAAGAUGGCACCCUGACAAUACAUAAUACAGAGGUGAUGGCCGGACUGGUGGAGGCAGUGGUCAUACUCUGGUCCGUCACCAAUAACGAAUUCAAAAAGCGACAGAACCAUGGGAUUGAGAAGAACCUACAAACCAAGAUCAGCAUUGCUGUUACAGAAAUGAUGAAGUUCUUUGACGACCCUCAAGUGUGUGCUGCUCUGAUAAACCUGGCCGGCUUCGUUCCUUACAACUCUGUUCCCACCAUCAGCCGUAUGUGUCUAUCCAAACUGAAGAAGAUGCCGGUGGACAGUGUGGCGGAGGAUUACAACUGUUACCUGGAUGCCCUGUGUAAGUGGGACAAGGUGGUGGAUAUUCUGGACCUAGUGGACGAGUGGCUGACCGAGGGUCUACAACAGGGUCACUCACAGACACCUACUGUCAAGGUUGGUAAGACGAAUCGGAAGAGUGUUGGGUUUGUGGUACCACACGAGCCAGCGCCCAUACUCGGGAUAGACUACCUGACCUACAUGUUACGUCACCCGAUAUGUCGACCCAUCCUCACGAGUCACGAAAACGAACUCACGCAGCUCCAAACUAAACUCAAGACUGUCAUGAAGUGUGUUGAGAAGAACCUGAGAUCCGACACCGAACCCGUAAAUGACGACCUGUUAACUGCCAGCUUUGGUCUCUACUGUAAACUCGCGGGCAUUCUCCAUCAGUCAAAUACAAAAAACGAUGCGACUUCAACAUUUGAGGAGUUAUAUUCUUGGGCAGAUGUACAUGUGUUACCCAGCAUUAGCCAGCUGGACAAACGGGCAGACAUGACGUCCAGGAAACGUACAUUGUUUACCUUGACGGAUAUAACUAUCCUUCCCAGCCCUGAUACGCAGGACAAACAGACAGACUUGUCCAGGAAGCGAACAUCACAACAGGCUGGACAGAAUUCCGGAACAUUGGCAACAUCCAUUGUCGAGAUGAUUCUGGCUGCCUGGGGUGACCUCCUCCUCAUAGGCAUAGGAGAUACAAGCUUUGCUGUCCUGUUGGCCGACUUCUGUGUUAGUUGUCUACAGAGAGACGAGUGUCUGUCCACCUUGUCCGCUGUCAUGAACUGUUUGUGUAGUGUCACAGCUCAUAUCCUACUGCAAGGCAAGAGGUCUGAUGGUGACAGCAUCGCAGCCUACCUCGGUAAAGUGUUCAUAGCCAUAGCGACCGCCCUGCUGAAGGACAAAGAUCAGGUCUCUAAGUUAUUACCAGGGGUGCGGAAUCAUUUGAUGGAAAUCUUCACACUUGUUUACGGAAGUCCGUUGAUGGAUGAAACUACACUACAGGAAAUCAUGGCCACAGUUAUUGGGGCCUUGUUGGGGGAACUGGUCCACACAAGUCAGCAGUUUGAUUUGGAAGAAAUCAGUGGUGAUCUUACACAGUUACCUCCCUUGUCUCGCUGGCUGUGUGAUUCAGUAUGCAGGAAAAACUACAUAGCAAAGCACUUCAUUGGGGAGUUAGGCAAGUGUUUGGAGUCGGGGGCUGUGGAUGACCUACACACCCUUCACGGUGCCAUCCACAUGUUGGGGUCCAUUGCCAAAUAUAAACCCAAGAUACCGGGAAUGAAGGAGUGUUGGAUCGCAGUCCAGAGUCAGGCUGAUAAAAUCAAAAGUGAACAACACACGCAGGAGGAGGAGGAGGAGGAUGUGAGAGACAAAGAAUUAUUGCAGUCUCUGACAACAAAACUACAAGAAUGUCAGCAGGCGCUGGGACUGGCAUCCUAAACCAAACCUACAGACAGUCUACAAAUGCCAGGCCUGGCAACGUAACAGAUAUACAGGCAAGAAACGCUGCUACCAACAAAACAAAACUACAAGAAUGUCAGCAGGCGCUGGGACUGGCAUCUUAAACAAAACCUAUUGACAGUCUACAAAUGCCAGGCCUGGCAACGUAACAGAUAUACAGGCAAGAAACGCUGCUACCAACUAAACAAAACUACAAGAAUGUCGGCAGGCGCUGGGACUGGCAUCUUAAACCAAACCUAUUGACAGUCUACAAAUGCCAGGCCUGGCAACGUAACAGAUAUACAGGCAAGAAACGCUGCUACCAACAAAACAAAACUACAAGAAUGUCGGCAGGCGCUGGGACUGGCAUCUUAAACCAAACCUACAGACAGUCUACAAAUGCCAGGCCUGGCAACGUAACAGAUAUACAGGCAAGAAACGCAGCGACCAACAAUAACUAAAGCAUACUUCAGUCAGCAAAUGCUGGGAUUUGCAUCGAAGACAACACUUUCACUUCACUGAGACAAGAAUUACAGAUGUGUCAAAAUGUUAGGUGAAUACAGUGAACCACAUGGUCAACAAUUUAACCGUGAUUUAUUAUGAGCAUGUGUAGUUAAGUAAAAUUUAUAAUAACUUUAAGGUAGUUUCUAUAUCAUAUUCAAGAAUGAUUGCAGACAGAAGCACUGCAAAAUUAAUAAAAUUUUGGCCAUUUCUGGUUGACAAAGUAAUGUCAGCGUACACACGUUUUUGUGCAAUAGACACCUAAGAUUUUAUACAAUAAAUCCUUACAUAUGUAUUUCCUUUUCUUUUUAAUUC